AUGGAAUUUAAUCGAAAAUCAAUUCGACAAAUUGGUUAUUAUACACCAACGUAUUCAAAUUCACCAAAUAUAAUAAAACGAUAUAAAAAUGAUGUCUCUUUGUUUAAUAUUAAUGCUAACACUUAUCGUUCGGAACUAGACGGUUUAAAUUUACCGCAAUUUUAUAUGGCGGAAAAUUUAAAACAAUACAAAUAUUAUAAAGAUGGUGAACAGAAUAAAAUAACAAAUACUACUACUGUUAAUAAUAAUGAGAAUUUUACAAGUAGUCAUAUGAGAAUAAAUCAUACACUUGAUGGUAAAACACAGAUUAUCUAUGAAACACCAAGUAGAACACGUCAGUAUUGGUUAAAUCGUCGUCGACUAGCUAGUGCUAAUCGUACCAAUGAUAAUAUCACUAUCAUAACUAAUAGUGCUGUCAAUCAAAAUAUAAAUCAAUUGAUUAAUAAAACAAAUGACCCAUUGAAAAAUAAAAAACAUUCAAUAUCCAAUGUUCAAUUUUCACUCUGUGGUACAACAACAAUUAGAGCAAAGACACCAGCUACAGCAACACCAAAUAAUCAAUGUUAUUAUAAAACGCCAGAUCAUAAAGGUGAAUUAGACCAUUGGAACAUUGAACAUAAGUGUAUGCAUAAAACGAAAGAUAUGAAAUUAUUUGAAUUAACAGAGAAUGAAUUUAUUCUAUCGGAAUUAGAUCCAAGAUUAAAUUUAAAUGAAAGUGGAAUUAUAUUGAGUGAUGGGAAAAAUUAUUUAAAUCAUUCUAGAGAAUAUGAUGAGAUACCUGUAUAUCAACCGAUUGAAGAAACGAACAAGGUAAAUGUAUCUCCACCUACAAUCACUUCGAGUACUGAUCAUACAUGGAAUAAAGAGUCCUCUGAUCAGCAUAAUUAUCCACAACACCCCCACCACCACCACCACCAACAACAACAACACAAAAAGCCGGAAUACCAUGAAACGGAUAGUUAUCAUCAAAUUUUUAAACCUUUCGUUGUUCAAUUUCAUUUGGACUUGAAAUAUUCGACCUUAGUUUGGCGUGUACAUCCCUAUGAAUUGGAAGAGUUAUGA